ACAAAAAAUUAUUGAAAAUGAUAUUAAUGUCUAUCAGCUAGUUGCAAAUUUCAUAAGCUUUUCCCAUUUUGAAAUGUGCCAAAUUUAGCUUGAAUUAAGCUAAAGUGGCAACAGUGCUUCCGGCCGUUGUUCUGGCGCUUGUGCCUUCAUUCCAUGUUGGCCUCCAGUUCUGUCGCAGUCCCAGUCUCAGUCUCAGUUUUGGAGUUGGUCGCGUGCACACGCGCUUUUCCUGGGAAAACAUCCGAAAAACGACGACAUCGACGACGCUGCCGCCGUUCGCUGGAAAAGCGCCCGGAGAUAUGCUACACACAUUUGCCUAAAUUUUUUUUUGUGUUGCCGUGUUACCUUAGUCGGUCAGUGAGUCGUCGUCAGUGAGUUUGUGCGUUUUUCCCGCAUUUGUUGUUAUUGUUUUUAUUUGCUUCGACGAAAAGAAAUGGCGGCCCCGGCGGCUGCCGAAUUACUUUUAAAGGAUAGCAACUAGUGCGUCAGCGAGGGCACGGAGCGGAGAGGAGGAGAGGAAAGCGUGUAAAGCGUGGAAAAGAGGGGAAAAGAGGCUGCCUGCCACAGGCGAAACUUUGCUCUCUGACAGCUCUCAGACACUCGGCAUACGCAAAACAAAUACAAAUUUUCAAAAAAAAAAAAACAUCUUACGCGCGCGUGUGUGAAAAGCAGAGGAACAGAGAACAGAGGGGGAGGAGACGACGUGACGGCGAGAGGCGAGAGGCAAGAGAACGAGGGAGAGGAAAAGCUUUGGGCAAACUCCGCAAGCCCAAAACACACGCCCACGCACACCAUUGCGCCAGCACACGGCACACGCACACAGCUACAAAAAUGGUGCAAACCAAUGCAGAUGGCUCCGAUUUCAAGGAGCGGCUAAUAGCCAGCGUGAAGAAGGAGGUGAAACAGCUGAUGGAGGAGGCGGUGACCAAGAAGUAUGUGCACGAGGAGAGCAGCUCGGUGACCUCACUCUGCGGCGCCGUUGAGGCCUGCCUUAGCCAGGGAUUGCGUCGUCGGGCCUUGGGCCUGUUCAAGACCUCAUCCACGACGGCAUUGCUGCACAAGAUUGCCAAGAGCUGUCCGGAGGCAGAGCACAUCAGCAAGCUGGUGCAGGAGAUCGAGGCCAGUGAUCCCAGUAAGCGAUCCUCCAGCAGCAGCGAUAGCUUCCAACGGCCACCGAUGCUGAAGAAGAGCAGCAGCAAUUCCAUGUCCACGGCCGCCUCAACGUCAUCCGCCUCGGCAUCCAUCAGUGUCAGUGCCAGCAAUUCGAGCAUGUCUCUGGCAGGGAUGAAAUAUUUGUGGAUCCGCUUGGCCCUGUAUGAGAAGCGACUCACCAAGAUCAUAGAGUAUUUGGUGAGCAAUGCCAGCAGUUUCUACGAUCGCGAUUCUUUGGUGGCCGAUCCGGACUAUGGUUCCAUCCUGAGCUCCCUGCUGGUGGGUCCCUGCGCUUUGGAGUUCACCAGGGCCAAGACAGCUGAUCAUUAUUGGACCGAUCCGCAUGCCGAUGAGCUGGUGCAACGACAUCGUAUUAGCUCCUGCCGGCGCUCCUCUUCCACCUGCUCCCGGCCGGCAAUCAUCAACUUUAAGCGCAGCCUGAACACCAGCUCCGAUGAGGCAAGCAGUGGCUCCUUUAAGUCAAUUGCCUCGGCCAGCGUGGCCAAGGACUAUGUGGAGUCACUGCAUCAGAAUGCCAAGGCCACUUUGCUCUAUGGGAAGAACAAUGUGCAGGUGCUGCCCAAGGAUGUGCUGGAACCGAUGCCCGGCUAUCUGAGUCUGCAUCAGCACAUCCAGACGCUGACCAUCAAGUGGACACCCAAUCAGUUGAUGAACGGUUAUGCCGAGGAGGAGGCCGAGGACAUUGACAAGGAUGCCUUCUGGGCCUAUGCUCUCAAUAUCAAUGUGGACGAGAUUGUGUAUGUCCACUGUCAUCAGAGUCGCGGCGAGGAUAGCGGUGGCACUGUGAUCCUUGUUGGCCAGGACGGAGUCCAGCGUCCGCCGAUCCAUUUCCCCGAAGGCGGGCACAUGCAGCAGUUCCUCAGCUGCCUGGAGACGGGACUCCUGCCACACGGUCAGCUUGAUCCUCCUCUGUGGUCACAGCGCGGCAUAGGCAAGAUGUUCCUUUGGCCACGGAGCAUGCGGCGUCGCAUUCUGCCCUCGGUGAUGGAGUCCGUGGAUGAGACGCCCAUUGACUAUGUUUUCCGCAUUGUCAGCAAGAGCAGGCACGAGGAAUUCGCUGCCACUCACUCCAUACUGGACUUUGUAAGGAGUACUCCGAGAAGGGCACAGCUGAGCAGUUGCUCCACCACCGGCAGCAGCGAUUGCUCCAAUAAGAGUCUCUCCAUUGACCAGUUCCCACUGGAAUCACCGCUGCUCCUGCAGCAACAGUCGCAGCAUCAGCAACAGCAGCAGCUGCUCCAGGCACAGAGCACUAGCAUCGAGAUGGUCUGCUCCACAAUGCGACGACAGAUCAUCUCCAGGGCCUUCUAUGGCUGGUUGGCCUACUGCCGGCAUCUCUCCACAGUGCGAACGCAUCUCUCUGGCCUGGUUCAUGGUCGGAUUACGCCAGAAAUGAAAGCCGAUGAGGAGGGCCUGACCAAGGAGCGCUGGCAAUUGCUUAACGUGGAUGGUGUCCUGGAGAAUGCCACCGAGUUCUAUCGCCUCGUUUACUUUGGUGGCGUCCAGCCGGAACUGCGGCAGGAGGUGUGGCCCUAUCUCCUGGGCCAUUAUGCCUUCGGAUCCACUCGCGAGGAGCGGCAGAAGCAGGACGAGACCUGCAAGCACUACUAUGAGACCACGAUGAGCGAAUGGCUGGCGGUGGAUGCCAUUGUCCAGCAGCGGGAGAAGGAGAAGACGGCACGGGCGGUGGCCAAGCUGAGCUCCGGCAGUAACAGUGGCAAUGAACGCACCGUCCGUGCAGCGGACAUCGAUGCCGGUGGAGAGCUGGAGAACGAAGUGUUCGAGGACAUCUCGGAUAUAUCCGAUCCCGGUGACCUGGAGUUUGAUGAGCAACAGCAACAGCAGCAGCAGCAUCAAGAAUCCGUCUCUGUCAGUGGCAUGCAUUUGAGUGUGAAGCCCAUUCCCAGGGCCAUGAAGACCAGCACCGAUUCGGGGCAUGUCGAUGAGGGCGAGAACUUCAACGAGCUGGAUGAGGAUGAUUUACGGGCAGAGGAGGAGGAGAAGCAGGCCCAGCAGAAGCCAGAGCAGGAGCAGGAGCAGGAGCAGGAUGAAAUCGAGGAGGAGGAAGAGCCAAAAUUGGAGGAGCAACUCAAUCCAGAGCCCAGCUGCUCCACUUCCACAGCCUCCUCGUAUGAGACAGUGGGUCCCAGUGCCGCCAAUCAGACUCGAAGUGUCCUCAGUCCGGAGUACCUAAGUGCCGACGAUUUGCAGCUGCCCGAAGAUGAGGUUCCAGUGAAGCCUCAACCUCCACCUCCGCCUCCGACUCAGCCCCAGGCAGCUGCUGUUAUCAUCACCAAGGCCUCCGUGGAUAUCACCAAUUGGGAACGGAGUCCCAAAAGCGGUGGCCAGGGCCAGAUGUCCCCGGUGGAGGAGCAGGCCAUCAAUCUGGAUAACUUGCAGCAGCCCAAGUCAACAUGCGCCUCCCCAGCCAGCUCCAAUGGCGGUGUCUACAGCAGCGAGCUCCUUGAGCAGUUUGGUCUGAAUCUGCAUCGGAUCGAGAAGGAUGUGCAGCGCUGUGACAGGAACUAUUGGUACUUUGCCAAUGAGAAUCUGGACAAGCUGCGCAACGUGAUCUCCACAUAUGUGUGGGAGCAUUUGGAUGUGGGUUACAUGCAGGGCAUGUGCGAUCUGGUGGCUCCACUCCUGGUCAUCUUCGACGACGAGUCACUAAGCUACAGCUGCUUCUGCAAGCUCAUGGAGCGCAUGAUCGAGAACUUCCCCAGCGGAGGGGCAAUGGAUAUGCACUUUGCCAACAUGAGAUCCCUCAUCCAAAUCCUCGACUCGGAGAUGUACGAUCUGAUGGACUCGAAUGGGGACUAUACGCAUUUCUACUUCUGCUAUCGCUGGUUUUUGCUGGACUUUAAGCGGGAGCUGGUCUAUGACGAUGUCUUUGCCACCUGGGAGGUGAUCUGGGCGGCCAAGCACAUAGCCUCUGGUCACUUUGUCCUCUUCCUGGCACUGGCCCUCCUGGAGACCUAUCGCGACAUUAUCCUCUCGAACAGCAUGGACUUUACCGAUGUCAUCAAGUUUUUUAAUGAAAUGGCUGAACGUCACAAUGCCCAGGCAGUGCUCCAGUUGGCCCGGAGUCUAGUUCUUCAGCUGCAGAUGAUCAUUGAGAACAAGUAAUGGAGAGAGGAAGCCAAAAUAAAUCACAAACAAAUGACAAUAUAUGUAAAUAAGAUGCGUAAAGUCCUGUCCUAAAUGAACACAGAUAGAACGCGCGCUCUACGCAUCUUAUUUAUUUACAUUGCCAAACCAACCAACUUUAUAGAGAGUUAUUCUUAGAAUCUAUUGUAGAUCGUAGUUCAGUCAAAUUUCGUUUGCCAAAGAUAACACAAAUAGAAGAAGAUAUAGCUGAUUAACAAAGCAAACAAUAAAUAUUUGUAGGAAUAGUUUGCCUUUUUUUUUGUCGAUCGAUGUCUUCGUUAUAAAGUAUUUACACACCCACAUAGAUGUAACUAUAUGAUGGACCCUCAGAUUUAAACUCCAACUGUAACUGUAAUUGUAAUCCUAUAUCCUAAUGGUAACUGUAUUUAUAUGUCUACGUAAGAUCUUCCUGAACUCUUCACGCAUAUCCCCAAUGAGAAAUGAAUAUAAUGGUAAACACAAAACAGGGGCUGAAAAUGCAAAAGACUCUGAACCAAAAGAAUGAAAUCUUAUAUACAUAUAUGGAGAAUAAACCCUUUACAAAUGUAUAGAAAUAUAUAUAAAAAAUGUCUCUGUUAUUCACACUUUGCACACUCGAGCGAUUGUUUUUUGUUAAUGUUUUGUUUUUUAA